AUGCCCGUCCGCAUCUGGGCCGCGGCGGCGGCGCUGCUCGCGCCGGCGGCGGAGGGGCUCGCGGCCCAGGCGUUCUUGGGCGCCGCCGUGGUCGAGCCGGACGCCACGCCGGAGGACGGCAUGCGCUCCUGGCUGGAGCGGGCGGAGAAGGCGAACGAGGGGCUGGACGAGGAGCUGAGGAAGGUCAUGUCGGAGCUCGCGAGCACGGCGCGGCAGGAGAAGGACCCCAGGACCAAGAAGGAGCAGCAGCUCCAGAUGCUGGAGGACCUGCUGAAGCAGUACGACACGGAGAACGAGACGAGCAUCGACGAGACCUCGAAGCGCAUGGCUGCCAUCGCGUUCCGCAAGGCCAUCCGCAACCACAUCAGGAAGCCCCACAGGAAGUCUGGCAAGGCGGACACCAAGCCUGGCGACGCGGUCGACCGCAAGAUGGCCGAUGAGUUCAGCGAGUGGGUGCAGGAGGCGAACAGGGCGACGCACGACCUGGAGAAGCAGCUGAGCGCUGACGAGAGCGACCUCGGCCUGCCCAAGCCCAAGAGCGCGGAAGAGAAAAGCCUGGAUCGUGUCGCGGACCUCAUCGACGAGGUCGACCCGAAGAACGCGUCCGAGAUGGCCGACCUCGGUGAGGCCCUGGCUCAGGAGAGGAGGCCGAAGCAGGUGCGCAAGGCCAAGCGUCAUGCGCGCAGCGAGCCGACAGAGGAGGACGCUCGCAUGGUGGAGGCCAUGAAGGAGUGGGUGCUGGAGGCCGACAAGGCGUCCCGGGAGCUGGAGAGGAGCGCGAAGAGGGAGGAGAGCGACCUCGGGGACGCCAAGCCAAAAGGCGAGGAGGAGAGGAGCCUGGAGAGGGUCGCGGACCUGAUCGACGAGGUCGACCCGAAGAACGCGUCCGAGAUUGCCGACCUCGCGGACGCACUGGCCCAGGUGGCACGCCACGAGGAGAGCGACCUCGGGGACGCCAAGCCCAAGGGCGAGGAGGAGAAGAGCCUGGAGAGGGUCGCGGACCUCAUCGACGAGGUCGACCCGAAGAACGCGUCCGAGAUGGCCGAACUCGCGGAUGCACUGGCUCAGGUGCAACGGCCGAAGCGCAAGGCGGCCCGCCACGCGAGCCAGAGCUUAUCUGAGGCAGACUCUACCAUUGUGGAGGCCAUGAGGAGCUGGAUUGCCGAGGCCAACAAAGCUUCCCAGGACUUCGAGAGGGAGGCACGCCACGAGGCGAGCGACCUCGGGGACGCCAAGCCCAAGGGCGAGGAGGAGAAGAGCCUGGAGAGGGUCGCGGACCUGAUCGACGAGGUCGACCCGAAGAACGCGUCCGAGAUGGCCGACCUCGCGGAUGCACUGGCUCAGGUGCAACGGCCAAAGCGCAAGGCGGCCCGCCACGCGAGCCAGGCCAUGUCUGAAGUUGACGCCGCGGUAGUGGAGGCGAUGAAGAAUUGGAUGGCCGAGGCUGUCCAGGCCUCCCAGGACUUCGAGAGGGAGGCACGCCACGAGGCGAGCGACCUCGGGGACGCCAAGCCCAAGGGCGAGGAGGAGAAGAGCCUGGAGAGGGUCGCGGACCUGAUCGACGGGGUCGACCCGAAGAACGCGUCCGAGCUGGCCGACCUCGGGGAGGCCCUGAGCCAGAGGGCCAGGACCCUGGAGGGCAAGCUGGCGCCCAGGAGCGACCCGCCGACGGAGCCCGCGAGGCCCGUUGCGGACGAGGCGAGGCGCUGGAUGGCCGAGGCCGACCAGGCGACCAGCGACAUCGACAGGGAGAUCGACGAGGCGAUCGACGAGCUCAUCGCGGGCCCGAAGAGCGCGGAGGAGAGGGAGCUGGAGCGGAUCCAGCGCCUCAUCGACAGCACGGACCCCGAGAACGCGACCGACGUCGCGGACCUCGCCGCGUCCCUGGCCACCAGCAGCUCCUUCACCCGCCGCGUGGUCAAGUUCCCUGCCGACUGGAAGGUCUCGGACCGGUCCUCGUUCGACUGGAGCAAGGACCAGGCCAAGAAGUUCUGGGCCUGGCUGAAGAAGGCGGAGGAGGAGAGCGAGAUCCUUGACCAGGACUUGGACGCCUCCGAGGCCGAGUUCCAGGACUACCUGAAGAACAUGACCAGCGCGCAGCAGAGCGUCAUGCACAUGGGGCUGAAGGCCCUGGAGGAGAUGUGGGAAAAGUACGACUUCGACAACGAGACGGCCACCGCGGAGGACGUGAUGGAGAGGGUGCAACUGCACCGCGUGAGGAGGACGCAGUAG